AUGGAUCCAAAGGGCUCAACAGAGUCUUCGCUCCCAGAAAAGCCUUUUCAUUCGAAACGCCCGCACAGAAAGUCGCGAGGUGGCUGUCGUAACUGCAAGGCCAGGAAGAUUAAGUGUUCCGAAGACAGGCCACAAUGUAGGACGUGCGUCCUGCGGAUGGAGGAAUGUGUUUAUGCGCUGCCCGCCGCCAAAAAGACCCCUCGGUCAGUAGUUGCGGCUGCGACUGCUGCUUCAUCCAAGUCGAGCUCGCCGCCACCGUCUGCGUCUUCACCUUCGUCGCCAGGCGAAUCAACAAAUACCCCGCAAUCCAAUGAGGAUUUUUCAGUACUGCCUGUUUCGCCCCAGCCGGCACCACGGCCUGAUGACUCCAGCUAUCUCGACAUGAAGCUUCUGUGGUUUUAUACCGCCAAAGGAUGCGAAUCCUUCAACACUGACCUGAGCGAGUACGGCGCGAGCAAGCAGUCCAUGUUAAAUCAGACAUUGCGCUUCACUAUUCCCAGGAUCGCUCUGGAGCACCGCUUCCUCAUGGACUGCAUGCUCGGCCUCUCGGCCCUUCAAAUGACCUCGAUGGAGAAUGAAAAGAUACCCGUUUCGAGGAUCAUGUCGUAUAAUUCUUCGGCAAUGAAGGGGUAUCGGCAAGCCAUCGAGGCGGCCAAGCCGAGGACCUUUAACGCUCUAUUGACAUGCUCUCUCUUUAUGUGCGCCCUUUCAUCCGAGAACUUUCGCCAACCUAACCCACCUCCUUUCUUCAUACUAGAUUGGAUCGUGGUCUGGAAAGGCAUCUCUUUGAUAUACGGCAUGAUAGUACAGCAUACCGGCAGUCCCUUAAAAGGCGGUUCCGAACCUUCUGGACUGGCGACGCUUUUUAGCCGACCCCCCGUCAAUGGCGAGGAGGCCGCUCGCUACAUACCUGGAAAUCUCUUGUUUAUGGUUUCCUCGCUCAAGGAGGGAGAUGACGAGUUCCCAUACGUCCAGGCCUACUACAGCACCCUCAAAGUCCUGGGUGCUCUGUACUCGGACCUCGAACAUACGUACGGUCCCAUUCUCACCCUGAGGGUGAUUACAUUCUUCACCUUUGUGCCGCCGUUAUUCGUCGAGGCCGCGCGCGAGAAGCGACCGCGCGCCCUCAUCAUCAUUGCCCACUGGUUGGCCUUUUCCAAGCUGACCAGCCAUAUAUGGUGGAUGCGUGGCCUGGCCGACCACGAGGUCUACAACAUUAACAAUUUGUUGGGCGACGAAUAUCGCCAGCUUAUGCAGGUUCCUCUCGCUGCCGUCGAGAUGGAGGAUUACGUGGAGCUGGGCAGGUUGUUGUCCAAUAAUUACACCUUUGAGCCUGUCAGACGCAGGCUUGCCGACUUGCCCCCUGAUAAGCUUCCGACUUUGUUUACGGAUGACGAAGAUGGAAAUUAUCUCCCUAUCACUAACGUGGCAGUAUGA